GCGGAACUGAAGAGGCGAAACCCGGACGAUUUCCAUGUCAACACUUCCUGUUGUGUUGUUCCUGUGUGAACCAGGAAGAUGGACUUUCUCACAAUCAAGUGCAUCGUUAACUUAUUAUUAUGUGGGUUUUUAAUUGGCGUCAGCAGCACCGCAGUGGAGGACAAGAUUUACGUGGCGCUCAAUACGUCCGUCUCAUGUGUACGAUUGCUGAAUGCAACUCAUCAGAUCGGCUGCCAGUCAUCAUUGUCGGGGAAUGUCGGCAUUCUUCACGUGCUGGAGUCGGAGGAGAACCUGGAGUUUGUCCUGAGUACUGGACGCACCCCUCCCUACUUGGUCAUCAUUGAGUCACACCUCUUCACCAGGUCCGUCAUGCUGAAACUCAAGAACAGUACAGACAGGGUGGCGGGUGUCGCGUUGGUAGCCCCCAGUGAGAAUCCAGCCACUAACUUCUCCCCACAUGUGACCUGCCCCAAUGAGAACACGGGUGUGUAUUCAGAGACCUACGGCCCAGAAUUGGCUCACUGCAACGUGACGGUGUGGAACCCUGAAGGAAACGGACUUUCCUACGAGGAUUUCAGAUUCCCCAUCUUCUUGCUGAAAGACGACAAUGACACCACCAGGAUUCGACAGUGCUACAUGGACCACAACAUGCCGGUGAACGGCAGUGAGCCGCAGUACCCGCUGUGUGCCAUGGAGCUCCGCUCCCACAUGUCCGCUGUCAUCGACACGCCCACCUGCAUGAGGAGGAGCGCCGACACCUUCAGCCUCAGUUCUGAUAAGGUCUGCGAUCCGCUGGGCAACUACAACGUCUGGGCCUCCACCAGACCCAUCAACAACACGGCCAAAGGUCACAAGAUUGGCGAGAGUGUGGUCAUCGCAGCUGCCAGAAUCGACAGCCACUCCUUCUUCUUCGGCAUCGCGCCCGGAGCUCAGAGCGCAGCCUCUGGCUUCAUCACCCUGUUGGCCGCCGCUCACGCGCUACGUAAUGCCACGCAGACGUCUCAGCCCAACCGCACCAUCCUCUACACCUUCUUCAAUGGGGAAACAUUCGACUACAUCGGCAGCUCCAGGAUGGUGUACGACAUGGAGAACCAGCAGUUCCCGGUGGACCUGGACAACAUUCACUCGGUGCUGGAGGUGGGACAGGUGGGUCUCCAGACUGAGCCCAGACUAUGGCUCCACUCAGAUCCAGUUUCCAGGAGGAACAGCACCGUCAACGAUGAGGUGACAAAUCUGAUGGCCAACCUUCGCUCCUCGGCCGCAGCCCUGGGCGUCACGGUGGGUGAGCCGCCCGUCUCCCAGCCUCUCCCGCCCGCCUCCCUGCAGCGCUUCCUUCUGGCCCGGCCAAUCCCGGGGGUCGUGAUCGAGGACCACCAGUCAACCUACGCCAAUCGGUUCUACCAGAGCAUGUACGACAAUGCCCAGUAUGUGAACGUCUCUUAUCCGGCCAACCUGACGGCCGAGCAGCAGCUGCAGUUCGUCACUGACACGGCCAAGUCUCUCGCUGACGUCGCCACCAUGAUCGCCCGGUCUUUAUACAAGCAGGCCGGAGGCUCAGACACAGUGGCCAGUGGCAUCAACGCUGACCCUCAGAUGGUGACCCGGAUCUUGUUCAGCUUCCUGGUGAGCUCCAACAACAGCUGGCUGCAGGAGAUCAUCCCGGCCGACUUCAGUGGCCACCUGAAAAACGAACCCGCCGACCUCUACGUGGGAGCGUUCCAGCAGUCCAUCCACGACAGCGUCGUCAUGCUGCAGCACAUGCUCGCCAACCUUACGGGCAGCACCGUCAACGUCACGCAGGAGGACUGUCAGAACCAGCGGGAAGCUAAAGAGGAUAAAGACAACAAACAUCUUUACUACUACAUGUGGGUUCAAGGGGCCGCCCCCACAAACAGCACCACCAGAGAGGGGUUCUGUGUUCGGUCCACUGCCCGGACCUCCAAAGCUGUGUCUCCCGCCAUGGAGCUGCUGGGACAGUACAACUCCAGAAACUACUCUACGUGGACUGAGUCCCGGUGGAAGGAAAUCAAAGGGCGCAUCUUCCUGGUGGCCAGUCACGACCUGGAGAUGCUGACUCUCGGCGUAGGUGUGGGCGUCCUACUCACCUCCCUGCUGCUGACAUACUUCCUCAGCUCCAAGGCUGAGGUCCUCUUCAGCGCGGGACGAGAACCCACCAACGCCACCUACUGACGGAGGACUUCUACAACCACUGCUCCUUCAUGACUACUGGAUCAAGUGUUUGGCUUCACGACACAUGCCGGCACACGGAGCUGCCGCCUGUUUUUGGACUCACUCGGGAGGUGGACCAGGAUUUGAACCCAUAAGGGUCAGAAGACUGUAGUCGGUCAUUGGUGUAAAGUUGUUCAUAGCUCUCUGUGUGGAAGAAUGUUGGGGUGUAUUACUGGAUUGUGUGUGUGUGUGUGUGUGUGUGUGUGUGUGUGUGUGUGUGUGUGUGUGUGUGUGUGUGUGUGUGUGUGUGUGUGUGUGUGUGUGUGUGUGUGUGUGUGUGUGUGUGUGUGUGUGUGUGUGUGUGUGUGUGUGUGUGUGUGUGUGUGUGUGUGUGUGUGUGUGUAAGAGAUUUUUUUUUUUUCCCCUUUGUGUGUUGCAAGGUGCAAUACUGUGGCUAUUUUCUUCUGUGUCUAACUUAUCGAACCACUCUUUAAUGAACAAGCAUCACAUGACUCACUACCGCGAGACGUCUCCUUGUCUCAAGAACUAAUUUACAGUGGAACCUCGGUUUUUGAACGUCCCCGACUUUGAACAAAUUGGAGUUCGAACGAAAAUUUCAAGUUUUUUUUUUUUUUUGGGGGGGGGGGAUUUCAAACAAAAAUCCAGAAUUCAAGCGACCCUGAAAAAAGCAGGAAAAAACAUUACGUGCACGGACCUGGAGCACGCAUUACAGGGUUUGAUGUCCUGUUGUGGGCUGGAGCUGGGACAGGGAUGAGGCGAGUCUGGGACAGAGCCUGACUUGGUUUAUGACUUUGUCACAGCCAAACUGCACAGAAGCGCACAUUCAGAGCUGGACACGCACCGGGCACCUCUUCACUUCUGGAGAGACGUCACUCACUCGGCAACCCCUCCCACAUGCAGCGGCCACACACAUAGAGGACUUGGAACGCAUUGUUUCUUUUUCCAUUCAUUGUAAUGGGAAGAAUCGAUUCAGAUUUCAAACAAUUCGCUUCUGGAACGGCCUUCUGGAACGGAUUGCGGUCGAGAACCAAGGUUCCACUGUAUUUCAGUCCAAGCUCUCUGCUAGUCAGGAACAAGUGAAUGAACGUUGACCUCAUAGCUUCCUGGCUCUUGACUUGGGUAUGGUGAGCAUGCUCCAGAUGAAGCUGCUCUUUUUGGCUUGUAAUUGUAAAUUAAGUGACUUUUUACUGAGAUUUGUAGCCGACAUGAUUACGAGUCUAGGAUACAAUGGACACAAAUAGCCUUGAGGAAGAAAUUAAACUUUUUUUUCUAAAGUUUCUUUUUUUAUUUACAUUUGUGUGGGAUGCAGCGACGCCUAGUGGAGCUGUGAAGGAGCUUGUAGAACAACCAAUAACAGGGAAACAAAAUAAAAGUAUUAAAUACAAAACCUUUAAAAUAAUUCAUAAAAACGGAUGUUAUUAACAAUUAAAAUAGAGGGUUUAUACUUAACAUUAAUUAUGAAAUUGAAAUUUCAGUUUUAAGAUGUAAU